CCAGUGGCAGUUUGGGAAAAGCGCACAAGUGUCCUAGCGCCUGGCUGCGUUGUCCUUUAAUACAACAAGCAUCAAGCGGCGUCUGCUCAGUCGUCGAUGGCUGCUUCAAGCGAACUGUUCAAGCAUUGCGCUCGCAUAUUCUGACCAAAAGGCUACUCAAAGUAGGCUCGCGCGCGCUUCGCUUAUCAAAAAAACAGUCGAACGUGAAAGUUUAUGGCUUUGUUAACUACGCUUUGGAGUUGCUGGUGCUCAAAUAUUUCGACGAGGAAAUAUGGGAGAAGAUCAAAAAAAAGGCCAUGGUCAGCAUGGAGGGACAAUUUCUGGUGCGUCAAAUUUACGAUGACGAAAUAACAUACAAUCUAAUUGGAGCAGCUGUUGAGAUACUCAAGAUACCUGCCGAUGACAUAUUGGAACUGUUUGGCAAGACAUUCUUUGAGUUCUGUCAGGAUUCGGGCUAUGAUAAAAUACUUCAAGUGCUGGGCGCAACGCCGCGUGACUUUCUACAGAAUCUGGAUGCACUGCACGACCAUUUGGGCACCCUGUAUCCGGGCAUGCGAGCGCCCUCGUUUCGUUGCACGGAAAAGGAUGGCGACCUGCUGCUGCAUUACUACUCGGAACGGCCCGGCCGACGCACAGACUCGCAGACAUACAGACACACAGGAAGAGAGAGUGACACACAUACAGUCAGGCAGACAGAUAGGCAGGAAUACCUGCAGCCUCACAGACCGCCACACUGGUAG